UUCACGGCAGGGAGCGAGGAUCGGCAUAACACCGGACCCCUGAGGUCGGGAUGAAGCGGACGGCGCUGCUGCUGCUCGGGCUGGUCCUGGCCGGGCCGUGCGGGGCUCAGCCCGCUCCUCAGUCCGCUCCUCAGCCCGCUCCUCAGCCCGCUCCUCCCACCGUCCACAUCAGCCUGGACCAGGACCCAGAUGUGCGCUGGAAGCCGCUGCUCGAGGUCUUUGACGCGGAAUACCUGCAGAAAGCUGCCGCCACCAUCAUUGAUGCUACGGUUCCAAAGUGGGUACACCAUGCCAUCGCUCCCGUUGUAAAAUCCCUGGAAAACCACAUUCCUCCGCCGUACGCCGGGGAGAUCCGUAGCCUGACCUCGCUGUUCGGAGGCAACGUGUCUGAUGUCAUCCUGCUCAACUUUGCCUACGAAGCCUCUGCGUUCUGCACAAGCAUCCUCGCUCAGGACAAAUACGGGAACGUGUACCACGGCAGGAACCUUGAUUAUCCGCAUGCUGUUCUGAGGAACGUAACAGUUGACGUCGUCUUCCUCAAGAAAGGGAAGGUAGCGUACCGUGGCACCACAUUUGCCGGCUACGUGGGCUUAUGGACCGGACAGAGCCCUAACAAGUUCACUGUCUCAGGUGACCAGCGAGGAACCGACCGCUGGUGGAACUAUUGGAAAAAUGUUGUGUCGCUCCUGCUGAAGGGGUCCCCGGUCAGCUGGCUGGUGAGGGAGACACUGGAGGAAGCAGAGGACUUUCAGGAUGCAGUCAUGCGUCUGGCUAAGACUCCCAUCAUCACGGGAGUGUACUACAUCGUGGCUGGGGUCCGAGCAGGGGAAGGGGUUGUCAUCACCAGAGAUCGGAAGGGUCCCGCUGAUAUCUGGCCUCUGGAUCCCCUAAACGGAGCGUGGUACAGAGUGGAGACGAACUUUGACCACUGGCUUCCUCCCCCGUCCACCGAUCAUCGAAGGGAGGCAGCAAACAAGGCACUCAACGCUACCGGUCAAGCUAACCUGAACAUGAGUUCUGUUUAUCAGGUUUUGUCGCUGUUCCCGGUGUGUAAUGGAAUUACCAUUUACUCAACAUUGAUGAGCGCAGCAGCGCCGGAGAACUACACCACAGUUAUGUGGCCAGAGGGCUGUCACAAACCGACCUGAACUGACGUCACGGAGCCGCCAACUAAACUCUUCCCUCCCGCAGGUUUUACAAAAAAUAAUUACUGAAUCAAACCUUUUUUUAUGAUGCAUCGCCUUUCAUAAAGUAACUUUUGUUGUAAUAUUCUAUUGUUGAGGUUCCCAGAAACUUGUAAAAGACUAAAACAAAUGCUCAAAUGCGAUUUAUUCUCAUAACCUUUUUGGGCUUUUUAUCACGUAUAUGUAAUUAUGGAAGAGUUGCAUUUAGAUAACAGCAAAUGAAAUGUUGAAACAGAGAUUUCUGUCUUUCUUUCCAAAGAUAAAGGAGGGAUUCAGCACUUUAAGAAAUAAACUGUGUUGUGCUUCUUGUUCCAGAAGUUGGGGAACCUAAUAAAAAUAAAUAAAUCAAGAUAAAGUGUAAUGACUAACAGUCCAAGUACAGAAUAAAGCUUAUUUACCAUCAGUCAAGUAUGUGUUAACAAGGUUGUUACAGUUUGACUGCAGUUUAUUAUGUGACUUGUAGAAAUGUUUUAAUAAAAGUUGGAUACUUUUAAAUUUUGCCAAA